AUGUAUGGAAUUCACCAGGUAACUAAAGAACCAUGGAUUAAAUUUUGGAUUGAUUGUGAAAAAUUAUGUUAUUAUGAUGUUAAAAGAGAGGGCAAAUCUGAAAAUGAUAUCAUAAAUGUUAAUAAAGCUCUUAUAUUAACUAUUGGACAAAUUCAAAAUAAAGAUCAAAAUAAAUCCAUACCAAUCGAAAUUUCAAAAAUGAGAUUUUAUGAUUAUUCUCGAAUGCCAAAUUCAACAAUGUGUGAGUAUAUCGGAAAACCUCUAGAUAUUGAAGAUUUUGAUUACUAUGAUGAAAGUUUUCCGACAACAAUUGAAAACUUUAUUACUUCGUCCACACCAGCGCCAACACAUACUCAAACUCAUAAUAAUCAUAUAUUAAUUGCAAUAUCUUUUGUAGGAUUUGUUUGGCGUCUAUUAAUUUUUGGAAUUGGCUGGAGUCACAGUUUACCAUUACAACAGAAUUUAUCACUUUACAAUGAUGAUCAAGAUUCAUUUUGGGAUAAAAUCGAUUUAGAAGAAUUAAAUUUAUCAUGUAAACCUUUAUGUGAUCCGGCCAAUGGUGAUGUUGAUGUUAAAUUUUAUUUGUAUACCAGAAAAAAUCCGUCAGUUGAAGAAAAACAAGAAUUAAAAUCUAGUGAUUCUGAGACAAUCAAGAAUUCGAAUUUUAACUAUCGGAAACCAACAAGAUUUAUUAUACACGGCUGGAAUAAUAAUUAUGGAUCAUCAGUAAAUAGAGUUAUAACCGAAGCAUAUCUUCAUAAAGAUGAUUAUAAUGUUAUUGUAUUAGAUUGGAGCUCUUGUUCAAAAACAAUAAAUUAUUUUGCAGCUAGAUGUUGUGUUGAUAACGUUGGAAAGCAACUUGCUAAAUUAAUAGAUAUUUUAAAUGAAAAACAUAAACUUAAAUUUCAACAAAUUAAAUUAAUUGGUCAUAGUUUAGGAGCUCAUGUAGCAGGUUUUGCUGGAAAAAAUAUCAAAAGAGGAAAACUUCCUUCAAUUAUUGGUUUAGAUCCAGCACUACCAUGUUUUAAAGUUGAUGCAAUUGAUGAACGUUUAUCUGCUGGUGAUGCAGAAUAUGUUGAAACAAUUCAUACAAAUGCUGGUAUAUUAGGAUUUUUUAAUCCAAUUGGUAUAGCAUCAUUUUAUCCAAAUGGUGGAACAAAACAACCAGGAUGUUUAAAAAUUUCAUGCUCACAUAGUAGAUCAUUUCAAUAUUAUGCUGAAUCAGUUGAAAGAGUUAAUGAAUUUAUACCAAAAAAAUGUAAUAAUAUGGAAGAAAUUAAAAAAAAUAAUUGUAAUAUAAAUGCAGAUGAUAUAAGAAUGGGUGGUAAAACAAAUAAUGAUAAAGCAGAUGGUAUAUUCAUUUUACCAACUAAUAAAGCAUAUCCUUAUGCGAUUGGAGAGCAUUAAGACUUUAAAAUAGAAAAUGUGAUAAAAAAUCUAAUGUUAAUUUUUUACAGUUAAGGUACUAAAUUUAAGAAAUUAUUUUAUUUUAUUA